AUGUCGUCAGAAGAUGCUCUGUCGUUACAUACCUUGGAGUCGAUAGAUUCGACGGAGAACCAAAUACAUAAUAUCGUACCAUUCGAUAAUUCACCUGAGAAUUCUGGAAUACCUCCACAAAAAUCGAAAACGGUGGAUGAUGAUAGCGCCGCUCAAGGUCUGACUGGUGGAACCACCCGCAGACUAUCUGCCGUAGCUUCCGUGACCACUUUUGCAUCCAGAGUAAAGUCUUCAGCUUCAUCCAAGAACCCUCAUAUUAUCCCAGUCAGUGAAAGAAGAGGUCUUUUGGCUAGAUUUGCCCUUAUUCCAGAAUAUGACGAUGCUCGAGAAUAUCCACAAUCAAUAAAAUUGUUUAUUAUUUUUAUUAUUGCCUUUGCUGCCAUCACUGGGCCCAUGGGUACUUCCAUUAUGCUUCCUGCAAUCGAUAAUGUAGCCGCAGAACUUCAUACAAGUGUUGGCACAGUUAAUGUAUCGGUGGGGAUUUAUUUACUUUCUCUUGGAAUUUUCCCUCUAUGGUGGUCUGCCUUGAGUGAAACUUUAGGGAGAAGAAAUAUUUAUGUUAUUUCAUUUCUUCUUUUUUGUGCCUUCUCCAUAGGUUCAGCUUUAUCCCCUAAUAUUGGUGGACUUAUUGCAUUCCGGGUGCUAUGUGGAGGCUGUUCAGCUUCUGUACAAGCAGUUGGUGCAGGUACCGUAGGUGACUUGUAUCCACCAGAAAGAAGAGGAACAGCUAUGGGUAUUUAUUAUUUAGGACCCCUUAUGGGACCAUUUCUUGCUCCAAUCUUAGGAGGGGUUGUCGCCCAAGUAUGGGACUGGAGAGCCACACAAUGGCUUAUGGUGAUAUUUUCCGGCUGUAACGUUAUGCUCAUUGUAUUUGGACUUCCAGAAACUCUCAGAAAGCAAGACAAUGCCAACCUUGUAAGAGAGAUGCUUCGUCAACAACUUGAUCUGAAAAAUACUGACCACGAAGAUGAUGGUGGACAAAAUACCGAUGAAGAGAAUAAUGAGGAGCAGAUGCGGGAAAAGACUGGCGUUCCCGCCAAUAUAACGAACACCGUUAACCAUGAGUUAACAGAAGAUGAAAUUUCCAGAGUCUAUACCAAUUUAUCAAGAAGUAGGUCAAGAACUCGCUCUAUCAUACAAUACGACGAUGAAGAAGAAUCUCCAGUACUUGAUUCUGUCAUGCCAUCGCUUUCUCGAUUACCAACCAAUAAAAGCUCAUAUUCUCGUAAGGUUGUCAGAGAGGCAAAUAAGGACGCCAUGGAGAAAAUCCUUUCUAGAAUGGAUGAAAGUGAAGAAAUUAGUUGGAAAACAAAACUGUACGACUACACUAUUCGCCCACUACACUCACUUAUUCUCUUGUCAUAUCCACCAGUGGCUCUAGUGAUUGCAUUCUCUGCGGUAUCAUUUUGCGUUAUUUAUUUCUUCAAUAUGGCAAUUUCCUAUGAAUAUGGUAGAAAACCAUAUCAUUUCAAGGAGAUCAUUGUUGGGCUUCUUUAUAUUCCGAACUCAGUGACUUAUGUCGUUGCAUCGAUUCUCGGUGGUAAAUGGACUGACAGGUUGCUUCAUAAAUACGCCAAAGCCCAUAAUGGAGAAUUGGUGCCAGAGUCGAGAUUGUCAUGGAAUUUUGUACUUGCCGUGGGGCUUGUACCACCUGCUUGUUUAAUUUUUGGAUGGUGUCUAGAAUAUGAGAAACAUUGGGUGACCCCAUUAAUUGGAACUGCCUGCUAUGGAUUUGCAUCCAUGUUAAUCAUUGGUGCUUCAGUGACAUACUUAGUGGAUACACUUCCUGGAAGAGGUGCUACUGGAGUUGCACUCAAUAACUUGGUCCGGAUGAUACUUGCUGCAAUUGCAACGUUUGUGGUGGAACCAGCCUUGAAAGGGAUUGGUCCUGGUAUACUUUUCUCAAUCUUGAUGGGUAUUGUGUGUGUUGCAUCGGGGACAAUCUACAUCUUGAAGAAGAAUGGACAAUACUUCCGUCAAAAAUAUGAUUUGGGACAAUUAUACGAUCGUCUAUAG